AUGAUUAUAAUUCGUGUACUGCUGCUGGUGUAUGGGGUUAUGUGCAGUAAUAAGGCUAUCUUGAUUGACUGCUCCUGGCAGUACGAGAAUUACAGGCACUUCUCUAAUGUCAUUGCACUGCAAAGUCUCCUGGAAGGAAAUGGAUUCUCACCAAGUGACAUCUCUGUGUACUUCAAGGAUGACUUACUCGAUGACAAAAGAAUGCGUGUGCAGAGCAUACAAACAGAUCACUUCACAUUGGUAAAGGGUGUUGAUUAUACGCCCAUCCACAGGAAUACUUCAUAUUUUGAAAUUCUCAAUAUGAUAUCCGGGCAGGACUCAGUUCUCCUGGGGGCAAACGAAGAAACAAAUCUUCUGAUUUACAUGACAGGACAUGGGGGUGAUGGCUUCAUAAAAUACUGCAACAGAAAGUACUUUUACACGGACGACAUAACAAAUGCAAUAAUUAAACUGCAGAAAAUAAGACAGUUAAAGAGUAUACUGUUCAUUGCUGACACCUGCCAAGCAGACACGCUCAUUGAUGAAACAAAACUUCCAAAAAAUGUGACCUUUAUUUCUACGAGUUUGAAGGGAGAAUCUUCCCACUCCACUACAUUCAGUUCUGCCUUGAACGUAUUCCCAAUUGACUUAUUUGUGAUGCACCUGCAUAGACUUGCAAAGGAGAAGAAAAUUCAGCCAAAAGAGACUAUUUCAAGGCUAAUUCAGAAGGAAAUGCCAGUAGACCUAAUUAAGUCAACUGUAUCUGUAAGAGGCCCUGAUAUUUUCCUGUAUGAUUUUAUCUUCCAGAAAGACAGAUUCCUUGGGUCUUUGUAUUUGUAG